AUGGCUAUCAACCAAGCUGAAGAAACGAGCCCUAGCACGAGCAGAAAUGACCAAUGGGUUAUCGAUAUAGGUAAUCCCCUUUACAUCCAUCCUUCUGAUAGUCCUGGAAUGACCUUAGUACCAGUUCCGUUCAACGGAAUUGGAUAUCGCUCAUGGAGAAGAAGCGUGUUGCGAGCAUUGUCAGUUAAGAACAAAUUAGGGUUUACAAAUGGGGAAUCUAGAAGACCUAGCCCCGAUUCACCUCAAUUCCGCCAAUGGGAGAGGUGUGAUAAUAUGGUGACCUCAUGGAUCCUCAAUUCCCUUGCUAAGGAGAUUUCUGACAGUGUAGAGUAUGUAAAUGACUCAGUCGAUCUGUGGAGGGAAUUAAAGGAUCAUUAUGACCAAACAAAUGGGGCAAAAUUGUAUCAAAUUCAGAAGGAGAUUAAUGACCUUGCACAGGGUUCUUUAGACAUUACUACAUACUAUACACGAAUGAAAAGACUGUGGGAGGAAUUGAAUACCUUGAGUAUCAAGUCUCAGUGCAGCUGCAAUUGA